ACGAGACGGGAUUUUAAACACUCGGAAGCAAAAUGGCUGCCUGCAGUUUUUUCGAUGAGGACGAGAUAUGUAUUCCAACAUCGUCGGGUGGAUUUAAGUAUGGUUUGGUCGUUGAGACAUCCGACGAUCUGAGCAGCGACGAGGAAGAUGAAUUUGACGACAGUAUUGUCCGCCAAGGACAGGUUAAGGUGGCCUGGCACCCAAAAGGCGAAGAAACGGUUGUUGACGAGUCGAAGAUUAUUUUAGUUGAUCGCUCGCUGAUGCCAGGCGAUGUUGUACGCCGUCUUAUCAGUGGCAAGGAAAGCCAGAGAGGUUUCGUGCAGAAUUGUGGUAUUAAAUGCCAUCUGCAGAUACAGGGUACUGACCAGUUUAUCUAUAAUAUAGACGCCAAGGACCUACAGCCACAAGAGGCAUUUGAUGGUCAGUGCCGGGUCACUCUGGACACAUGGGUGGGGGAUGUUACCUACACAACGGAGCUGGUCACUGUCAAGUUCCCUUGUGGUGCAAGAUGCCGGAAACAUGACUCGGAGAUGCAUUGGCUGAGGGAUGUUGGCGAUCAAUCAACUGAGUUUUCAGAGUUUUCAUUGCGGUCAUACUACACAGGACAGAAGGUUUGUGGCGAUCCAGAAGACUUUAGCGAUGUUGAGUGGUUGAACAUCAGCGGUGUUAGGGGACCCAAGUGUAAGGCCAGACACAUGCUGAAGACCCCCUGCACUAUUGAAUCAGUGGUUACAGACAGUGUCCAUGUAGAGUGGUUGUGUAAAGGCUUCACUGAGUCGGGUGUCGGGACAGAUACCUUGGACCCGCCGAAUGCUAUCGUUACGGGGGAAGCUCUGACAAGGCUGAGAAAACUGGAUUGUUUUGAAUUCUGUCAUGUGCAAAUAGGCGACAAGGCCUACUAUAAAGUGAAGGAAACGGACACAAUACUCUUCAAAAUCCCUCCAAAGAAGCACAUCACCCCGGACAUAUUGGAAAUCGUUGCCAAAGAAAAUGUAAUAAUAAUAGGCACCCGUGAGAAUGGGCUGAUUGUCAAACAACGUGGCUUAAAGAAAAGGGCUUCUCAAGAAACAGGCCAACGUGUUGGUGAUAAUGCUGAGAAUGAUGGAAAGGCUAUUGAUGAAAUCAAUGGUAAAAACGAUGAAGUAGCUGAUGAUGAGUAUGAAGAAGUUGAAAGUGGCGAGGAAUCAAGCGAAGAUUCGGAACUUGACGGUACCUCUUUGAGGGGCCAGACCGGUCACAACACGUCUGCCACUCGGGGUCGGCGAAGGAACCCCCGGGCACACGGGCACUUGAAGACCCGGUCUCGUAGAAUUAAAGCGAAAGACGCAAUGAAAAUGAAGAAGAAGAAAAUGGAGGUGCAGCCAGAUGAUGUGGUUCCGGUUGAAGUUUGUUACACUUUCUCGCGUUGUGAUGUUAUGUGGCAGGAUGGCCAUGUAGAGAGUGACAUUCCUUCCCCAGAACUCUUUCCUAUCCAUCACCUGGAUGAAUUGGAGUUCUUUCCAGGGGACUUUGUGAACAACAACAACUCACAUACCUGUACAGACUAUGGGGUGGUUGUGAGUGCGAACUACAAAGAGAGGACUGUAAUGGUCAAAUGGGUGAAACCUUACAUACCUGGUGUUACAAACAGACCGGAAGAAAGUGAUCCAGUCGAAUUAAGUGUAUUUGACCUGAAGGAUCAUCCAGAUUACAAGUUUCGAUGUGGGAACACUGUGAUACGGGUUGGGGGCUAUCAGGUGCACACAGGUCAACAGCAACAGCAACAGUUCCAGAGGCUAAAAGUAGAGGAUGCGCUGUCCUACCUAGACCAGGUGAAGUUACAGUUUGGUAACCAGUCCCAGGUCUACAAUGAUUUCCUAGACAUCAUGAAGGAAUUCAAAUCACAGACUAUUGACACCCUUGGUGUCAUCAACAGAGUGUCAAACCUCUUCAAGGGUCACCCAGAGCUUAUUGUCGGCUUCAACACGUUCCUCCCACCCGGCUACAAGAUUGAGGUACAGGCUAAUGAGAUCAAUGUUCAUCAGCCAGAACAACAGACGUCCAUAUCCAUGCUGGAUCACAUGGCCCAGGCUGCCACUGCGUGUCAACAGCAUCAGGCAGGGGAACACUACGAGGCCAUAGGUCAGGUGUACAGCGUUCAGCCGGAUGGAAUGGUCAAGGUCUGGUGGCCUAGCAACCAGUUGACCACCUGCUAUCCUCAGGAGCUCUUCAUUCCAAACGGGGAUUUUGACGAUGGCCCAGGCGGUUCAGAAGAAUCCAGUGAGCUUUCAAGCAUGGAUGAAGAAGAUGAGGAUUCUGACGGCAGCUGGGAGACAAAAUCGGAGGAAUCAGUCUCUGGAUCCGAGGAGGAAAAUAACGCUUACACAAAUGACAGACCUCAGAUAAUCUAUGCAAUGACUGACACCAAAAAACUAGAAUUGGAUGUUCUACUUGACCGCGCCAGGUUGGCAGUGACAGGUCUACUCAGCAUCUUCCAAAACGUCUCUGGUCCCUUCCUAAACAACUCAGAUCAGGUUUUCCAGUAUGUGCUCUCGAUAUUCAAGAAGUGCAGGGACAUAGAGAAGAUUAUGCAAACGAACUUCUUCAAUGACGACGAGGUUUCAGAUCUGAUUUCGAAAGUGAAGGAUGAAAUAAGGAGACAGAAGGCUUCAAAGCUAGCAAGACAGGUUGCUGACAUGUACAAGCAUAACACUGGUAAUGUUAGUAGUGCUACAGGUGAAACAGGGCAAGGGAAUGAGUGUGCCGAUAGCAUCGGUUAUAAAGUGGCAAAAGAGCAAACUGAAGAGUUUGGGAAAAGAUCUAGUGCUCGCAAUGAAAAUGAUGAAGCAGCCAAAAAGAUUUUGGCGGAAAAUGACAUUAAAACCAGUACUGCUGAUGGAAAUACCAUACCUGUCAAAGAGAAAGCUGAAGAAUGUAUAGCUAGGUCUUGUGUAACUGAUGAAAAUUCAAAUGAUAAAGAAAAGGUAGAAAUUGUUGAACUAGUAAAUGGUCAAGUCGAGGGUGCUACAGGGAGCAAUGUUGGGGAGAUAAAUCUCGGUGAUCUUGUGAAUCUUAUUCAGAUGAUCGUAGAAACAUGUGAUAACACAGAAGAUGACUCAAUGGUAAAGGCUAUAGUUGAGAACGGGAUUGCUGCAAUAACUAGUGAUCAAAGCCUGAUGAAGGCACGUCGGGAAGCCUUGGUUUCAGAGUUAGAGAAACUUGAGCCUCAGAAGCGGGAAAAAUUGCAACCUGUGCUAGAACUUUUAAAUAUGUCAAUUAUUAAUAGCCCUUCUAAGUCAGAAGAAAAUAUGGCGUGUCCAAAUUAUGUAAAAGAAGUCAGAAAUCUGGCACCAAAUCAUAGUAAUUUAUGCAUUCAGGUGUGCAACAUUUUGAAAAACAGACUGUUGCAUAUCAAACAGGAGUUAUACCGGAGGUGGAUCGCAUAUAAAGGAGGUUGUGAUGAUAAAGAGCUUGCUAAUACACUUUUCGGACAAUUUCUCAAGGCCAGUAUACGCCAGGCUUUGAAGGACGAUAAAAUUAACAAGUCUGUGUCAAAUGCUGUGGAGCCCAGUACUGCAGAGGAAACUGAAACUGCUGAUAGCAGAGCAGAUAAUUGUGAAGUCGGCAGUGCAGAUGAAAGCAAAGAUGUUUUGGAAAAUUUGCCUUCAGACGUCCUUUCCUCUUGUGAAAAGACUUCAAAUGCAGAUGCAUGUGGUGAGCUUCAAAGGUUCCUGGUAUGCAGUGAGACUCCUAUCCAGCACAGGUUCCACUUUGAAACUCCUCAAGCCAGCAAAAGGUUCAUCACAGCAGUGAGGAAAGAGUGGAGCUUGUUGGAGCGUGGUUUACCAGAAGGCAUCACUGUGAAAGUGUUUGAGGAACGAAUGGACUUGCUGUCCGUCUUAGUGGAGGGCCCAGCAGGGACACCAUACGAGGAUGGACUGUUUGCCUUUGACCUCUACUUGCCGCCCGACUACCCUAGCAGCCCCCCAAAGCUCCACUACUACUCGUUCUGCAGUGAGCGCCUCAACCCCAACCUCUAUGAGGACGGUAAAGUGUGCAUCAGUCUGCUGGGAACAUGGACUGGGAAGGGCAGUGAAUUGUGGACAGAGUCUUCCAAUCUUCUGCAGGUGCUAGUUUCCAUUCAAGGGUUGAUCCUAGUCAAAGAGCCCUACUACAAUGAGGCGGGCUACGAGAGACAGCGAGGUACCCAGCAGGCAUGUGAGAACAGCCGCAUGUACAACGAAAUGGCCAUUUUGAAACUGGUUCAGUCCAUGACAAAGAUGGCAGUUUCUCCCCCCCAUGUAUUCGUUCAGGAGACCAAAUCUCAUCUGAAAAACCAUGCACAAAGGAUGAUUGAUCGCGUAGAAGCUUGGAUCGUCUGCAGCACGAGUUCAAGGGAGACGGAUAUCUCAAAUCAAGCACCUUUGAGCCUUCACAAUGAUCAAGGUCAGGAGAAGCUUGCAUCUGGAAAUGAACCAGGCUUCCCUCUCUUCCCAGCUUCCAGAGGAUUUUGUCUUUCAGUGAAAAAGCAUUUAGACUCGUUUAAAGAUGUGCUCCACAAGCAUGUAUUUGUGUGAUGCAAUUUGACAGUCAAUGAAUAUUUAACAAGAUAACAGGUGCUUUAAGAAGCAAAACUAGUUUUAUUGUGAUAAAUGUAAAGAUGUGUAAAAAUCCUAUUUCCAAACAGAUAGUUUCUUGACUGUCACUUGUUUAAUAAAGAAAAAUACCAGUAAUUUACUUCAACUAUGUAUGUACCACUAUAUAACACUUAAGAAAGUUUUUUUGUCAUUUUUUACGUUUCAAAACUUUAAAAUCAAGUAUUGUACAGUGUCAUUAAUACCAAUUUUGGAUUUUCAUUGUGAUCUGACAUAAAUUUAUAUAUUAUUGUUUUCAAUGGCACAUUUGGUGAAAAAGCUUACGCUUAAGAAUUUUGACCAAUCCUUGUAAAGUAGUUGUCUUAAUUCUUACACAUUGGGUUUUCUAGCUCUGCGUGUUGUUUUUUGUUUGCUAAGUACCAUACUACAUGUACAUAAACAUUUUGCAUUUAUAUUUACAAUCAUAACAUUACUUGUGUUGUGCAAUCUACAUGUAAAGCAGGGAGUUUUUUGUUGCUGUGUGUACGUAUAUGUACAUCUUGUUUAAAUAAUUAUUUAUUUUCUCUUUCUUACAAUUCUUCCUUCUAAAAUUCAAGUAAUACUGGUUAGAUAUCUGGUCAACAUUAAGUUGGCUCAAGCUAUUUAUUACGCAAGCAAUUAAAGAUUGCAUACAUUUAAUCUUACAGAAGCAUUUAUCAUAAAAGCCCACUUUCACUUUAUUUUUCAAACAUGUCAUAACUUGCAAUAAUGUUUCGUAGCUUUAGUAUUAAUUCUAAUUCUUCAUGCAUAAUUCAACUAAGAAUACUGUUAUGUACUUUCAUUUGAAGACCCAUCUCUUUGUAUAAAUGUAGUAAAUUCUUAGCAACCCAUAAUACUCGUGAGUCAAUUAAAAAAAUGAUUUCUACCGUGUGUAACAACAUGUUCUAACAACAGAAAUACACUGAUAAGCUA